UACGCUUUUCAACACUUUACCUGACACUUCACUUGGUGUUGUUUGGUCCAAACAUGUUGCGAAGCGCCCUGAAGAAUGGGACGAAGCGCAACCACUACCUAGCCAAAGCCAGCACACGAAGGCUCGCAACCCCCUCGUCUGCGGUUGGUAUCAGCCCACUGGAACCUGGACGCUAUCUUAAUUAUGAAACCCAAAUCCAGACCCUUUUGGACAUCACGAAAACUGACAAUCGCCCGUUGACGUUAUCGGAAAAAUUGCUGUAUAGCCACCUCAUAGGGACAGAGAAAGGUGAAUGGUCAUUGAAAGAUAUUAAACGUGGGUCAACUAUCCUUCAACUUCGUCCUGAUCGAGUUGCUUGCCAUGACGCGACAGCAACCAUGGCAUUGUUGCAAUUCGUUAGUGCAGGUCUGCCCCGCGUGGCUGUGCCAACGACUGUUCAUAGCGACCAUUUGAUAGUGGCAGAAAAAGGAGCAGAGUCAGAUUUGCUACGCGCUCUAGGCGAUCAUAGAGAGGUCUACGAGUUUUUGAGCAGUGCAGCAAAGAGAUACGGCAUUGGCUUUCAUAAGCCAGGAUCCGGCAUCAUACAUGUCAUCAUAUUUGAGAAUUACGCCUUCCCAGGAGGCUUGAUCAUAGGAACCGACUCGCACACACCGAAUGCAGGUGGAAUGGCUAUGCUCGGCAUAGGUGUAGGUGGAUCGGAUGCAGUCGAUUCGAUGGCAGGAAUGCCUUGGGAACUACAAUGUCCGAAGGUCGUCGGGGUCCGGUUGACAGGAAAACUGAGCGGCUGGACAUCCUCCAAAGACAUCAUUUGCAAACUCGCGGGCAUUUUGACAGCCUCGGGAGGCAAAGGGAAGAUUAUUGAGUUCUUUGGACCCGGAACCAAAACUCUUGGAGCCACUGCAAUGGCCACGGUAUGCAACAUGUCAGCGGAAGUCGGUUCGACCUCAUGCAUAUUUCCCUACUCGGAGCCUAUGCGGCGAUACCUAACAUUUACCAAACGUGCCGACAUUUCUCAAGCCGCGGAUAAAGUCAAGAACGUUCUUCUUACUGCCGAUCCUGGUAGCGAGAACUACUACGACGACAUUAUCGAGAUCAAUUUGGAUAUAUUGGAACCGCACAUCAACGGCCCUUUCACACCCGAUCUCUCUCAUCCGCUUUCCGAGUUCAAACAAACGGUCCGCGAAAACGAAUGGCCACAGAAUAUCAGUCAUAGUAUGGUCGGAAGCUGUACGAAUAGCUCCUAUCAGGAUCUUCUGAAGGUCCGGAAUUUGGUCAGGCAAGCUAAGAAUGCGGGUUUGUUCAAGGUUCGCACGCCAUUCAUGGUUACUCCAGGAAGCGAGCAGAUUCGGGCGACGACCGAGGCGGAAGGUAUCCUGCAAGAGCUUCGUGACGCCGGCGCAACUGUUCUCAGUAAUUCCUGUGGUCCUUGUGUGGGACAAUGGGAUCGGACCGAUGUCGACGCCAAACAAAGGGAGCCAAAUUCAGUCGUCUCCAGCUACAAUCGCAAUUUUGCAGGACGCCAUGACAGCAAUCCCGCCACCCACUCCUUUGUAACUUCGCCCGAACUCGUCACAGCGUUUGCAUAUUCCGGCAAACUUGGCUUCAACCCGGUCACGGAUUCUAUUCCAUCUUCUGGCUCUUCCAACGUGUUUCAGUUCAGUCCGCCUGAAUCACUGGAGCUCCCUCAGCAAUUUACCUCAGGUGAAGACCUCUUUCAACCUGCUUUGGCGGAUGGUUCUUCGCUCUCUGUCAGCAUCAAUCCGCGCAGUGACCGCCUGCAGCUGUUGAAGCCCUUUACUGCCUGGCAACCCGGUCAAGCAAUGGACAUGGAAGUUCUCAUUAAAGUCAAAGGCAAAUGUACAACUGACCACAUCUCCCCUGCUGGGCCUUGGUACAACUACCGUGGACACCUCGAAAAUAUCAGCAACAAUAUGCUCAUCGCUGCUACCAAUGCCUUCCUUCACUCUGAGGGCUCAUCCAAUAUUGGACACACACGCAACCCUAUUACAGGGCGUGUCGACAUUGUCCCCACGGUCGCCAGAGCGCUACGCGAUGUCGGGCGCCGCUGGUGUAUCAUAGGAGACUCAAACUACGGCGAAGGCAGCUCGCGUGAGCAUGCUGCAUUGGAGCCGCGGUUCCUCGGCGGGACGGUUGUCAUUGCGAAGAGCUUCGCUCGCAUCCAUGAGACGAACUUGAAGAAACAGGGAAUGUUGCCAAUGACAUUUGAUGACCCUGCUACAUACGACCGUAUUGAGGAGGGCGAUAAGGUUUCGGUGUUGGGCGUUGAGGAUAGUGAAAUGAUGCCUAGCAAGCCAGUGACAAUGCGCGUUGCAAGGGUAGACGGUGGGAUUUGGGAGGCACAACUCAACCAUUCGUAUCAUAGCGGGCAAAUUGAGUGGUUGAGGGAUGGAAGCGCUCUAAACCACAUCAAAAACAGGUUUUUGUCGGGGGCUUCAUAG